AUGGUAGUCACAAGAAGGAGCCGCAACAAAGUCAUAGCAGCCAAAUUCCAAGACAUCUUGUUCAAACAUUGGCUGACCGAGAAGAAGACCGCGGAUGGUGCUUUCGAGUUCCUGCUAAAAAGCCAUCGCGCGCACAUCUUUGAGAUUUUUGACAACUUGGAGAUUUGGGUCUCGUUCGUGACCAAACUGGAUAAGGGAGACGACUACAAGACGAUAUUCUCGGUCCUAAAGAAGCGCUUGGAAGGCCGAGAACUCGCUAACAUAAUUUAUGACGCAGGAGAAGUUGGUCGUACUGCGCUACUUGCCAGGAAGCUAGAGCAAGAGCUUUGGUUAAGCCAGGGGGAAAACGCGGAGGGUAUUUUCAAUCUUCUACAUCUAAACGAUGCAGAGACCGCGUUGUUUAAAAAACGAGACUUGGCGACGUGGGUUUCAUACGUAACCAAGCUAGAUGCGAAGAACGCGGACGAAAUAAUCUUCUCGGUGCUGAAUCCUCCCUACACCCAGAAAGACUUCGCGGCGAUGCUCACGGCAGCCAAAAAGGUUGAAAAAACGGAGGAUCUUGCUAUCAAGCUGGAGAAGCUAUUCGUUCAAAGUCUAGGAAAGUAA